UAACAAGACUUGCCAACGCCAGGCAAAUCCGGUUGCAUGCGGCUUUGUUUAUAUCGCGUUCUCUCUUCAAGUUGCUGCCACAUGAGGUUGAGAUAAGAAUGUUAUAUUCUGGUUAUUGAAGCUAAGUGCCCGUACAAUUUUUGUUUUGGACACUGUACCAAUAGUGUAGUUGUUAGUUCUUCUGUAAUUUGAGGAAAAAGUUGCUGCUUUUAUUUGUGUUGUUUACUUUGUUCAAGCGAAAACUAGGAGUAAUUUCGCUAAGUGGAAGAGCCAGGUGUUACAGGAACUAGGUCAACUUGUAGGAGAGAUGAGGAUGUUGUUGGCCGGUAGUCGACGUUUUUCCCGCUGUGGACUAACGAAGUGCUGCACAGCACAUAUUUCAACCAGCAGCACCAGUCCCUCCAGUGAUUCUUCCAGUGGUUACUCAAGCCCUAAACUGCAAAAGAAUUUGAAGGAAAAUGCAGAGACAGUGAUCAUAGGAGGAGGUGUAGUGGGAGCAAGCUUGGCCUAUCACCUCGCUAAAGCUGGACAAAAAGAUGUCAUGCUUCUUGAAAAAUCGGAACUUACUGCUGGGUCCACAUGGCAUGCUGCUGGACUGACCACCUUAUUUCACCCUGGCAUCAAUGUGAAAAAUCUCCAUUACUACAGCAUACAGCUCUAUGGAAAACUCGCAGAAGAAACGGGACAGGAGGUUGGAUUCCAUACCCCGGGCAGUAUUCGUAUCGCCAGCACCCCAGAGCGUAUGGAUGAGGUCAAGUAUCAGAUGCAGAGGCAGGGAUGGAACAAAGCUCCUCAAUGGCUGCUUACACCAGAUGAGAUCCACAAGAUGCACCCUUUACUUAACAUGGAUAAGGUCUUGGGAGGAUUAUUCAACCCCGGAGAUGGCCACAUUGACCCCUAUUCCUUGACCCAAGCUUUAGCCUCUGGUGCCAGAAAGUAUGGGGCAGAGAUCUUCAUGCCGGCCCCUGUGACUGGACUGAAACAGACGGCCAGUGGCGGCUGGGAAGUGAACACUCCACACGGCACAAUCAAAGCCAAGAGGGUGAUAAAUGCAGCAGGGUUUUGGGCCAGGGAAAUUGGGGCACUGGCAGGUCUGGAGCAUCCCCUUGUUCCCAUCCACCACCAGUAUGUUGUUACUUCCACCAUUCCUGAAGUUGCUGCACUGAAGGAAGAACUUCCAGUGAUCAGGGACCUGGAGGGCUCCUACUACCUCCGCCAGGAGAGGACAGGGCUGCUGAUUGGACCAUAUGAGAGUGCGGAGAAGAUGAGAAUGUGUGAUGAUUGGGUGAAUGAUAGAGUGCCACCUGGUUUUGGCAAAGAGCUCUUUGAUGGUGACUUGGAUCGUAUCAAUGAUCACCUGGAGAGGGCCAUGGAUUUGGUGCCUGUGGUCCAGAAUGCCAGCAUACAGAGUGUGGUGUGUGGACCCAUCACCUACUCCCCAGAUAUACUCCCUAUGGUGGGGCCACAUCAGGGCAUCAGCAAUUACUGGUGUGCAGUAGGAUUUGGCUACGGCAUUGUUCAUGCUGGAGGUGUGGGGAAAUACUUGAGUGACUGGAUAUUGAAUGGAGAACCACCAUAUGAUCUCAUAGAGCUGGAUCCUAAUAGAUAUGGAAAAUGGACAACCAAAGAUUAUUUAUUCAAAAAGGCCAGAGAGUCCUAUGGCUUUAAUAAUGUGAUAGGACAUCCAAAAGAGGAGCGUUUUGCUGGGCGUCCCACUGAGAGAGUGUCGGGGGCAUAUGAACUGAUGAAGGAAAGGGGAGCAGAGAUGGGAUUUCAUGCAGGUUGGGAACAACCACACUGGUUUGCCCUGCCUGGGGACACAGCUGGGUACUAUCCCAGCUUUAGAAGGACUAAUUGGUUUGAUCCAGUUGGCAGAGAAAGUGAGCUUGUAAGAACCAAGGCUGGCAUAAUAGAUCUGACGCCUUUUGCAAAAAUUGAAGUGAAAGGGAAUGAUGCUCACAAGUACAUUGAUCACCUGUGUGCCAAUGCAGUCCCAAAGGUUGGCUAUACCAACAUCAGUCACAUGUUGACUCCAAGUGGUAGAGUAUAUGCUGAACUGACUGUGACCACGCUAGCACCAAACCAUUUCUUCUGUAUAACAGGCUCUGGGUCAGAGCUGCAUGAUCUCAGGUGGAUGGAAGAGCAGAAAAUCAUUGGAAAUUAUGACGUAGAGCUGGUCAAUGUCACAGACUCCAUGGCUGCCCUGAGUCUUGCAGGCCCUCUGUCCAGGGACAUCUUGAGCAAGCUGACCACAGAGGACAUCAGCCAUGAAGGUUUCCCCUUCCUCACCUACAGGCAGAUGGAAGUGGCAGGGGUACCUGUCAGGGCCAUGAGGAUUUCCUACACAGGAGAACUUGGCUGGGAAUUCUACCAUGCCAGACAAGAUACCCUCAAGUUAUACCAAGCUUUGCUGGCUGCUGGGGAGGAGUUUGGUGUUGGGGAUUUUGGAACGUAUGCCUUGAACUCUCUGAGGCUGGAGAAAGGAUUCAGAAUGUGGGGAGCAGAGAUGACUGUUGACAAUAAUCCAUUAGAAGCAGGACUUGGAUUCUUUGUGAAACUGAAGAAGCCUGCUGACUUCAUUGGCAAACAAGCUUUACAGAAAAUAAAACAGGAGGGUCUCCGCAGGACGCUGGUGUUCAUCACGGUUGACACAGAAGAUGUGGAUCCAGAGGGCAACGAAACUCUGUGGUACAAUGGCAAGGUGGUAGGUAACACUACCUCAGGUACCUAUGGUUAUGAGGUGAAGAAAAGCAUCGCCAUGGCGUAUGUUCCUCUGGAACUUUCCGUGCCAGGCACCCAAGUCCUGGUUGAAAUGCUAGGGCAGAAGUGGAAUGCCACAGUGCUCAAGGAACCUCCAGUCAAGAUUGAACCAAUGAGAAAGAGAGAACAAGAAAAGCAGAAGAAAGCAGCAUAAUAUUACCAUCUUACAGGAAUUUGUUGAGAUAAGACUUAUGACAAUCUUGGUGAAUGGUGGACUCCUGUGAAAGAAAAUUGUCCAAUUGCAGUGUAAUGAUAAAUUGCAGCUGUGCCUGAUAUUCAGGUGAUCAAUUGAGAAAGACUACUUACAUAGGUAUUAGUUGAG